AUGAUAAAUAAUAAUAAUAAUAAAGACAUUGGUAGUAAAUAUAAAUAUAAUAACAACAGCAACAGCAACAAUAACAAUCAUAAUAGUAGUAAAAGAAAUGAUAUAGAUUGGGAUGAUUUAAUAGAACAUUUCGAUGUGCUUGGUGAUGAUCAACAUUGUCAUCAGGCAUGUCAAUCGAUAUUGAAUGUUAUUCAGAUAUUGGAUAGUGAGACAAUACCUAAUUUCAUGAAAUAUUUUCUAGAUAAUAUUCGUAUUGACUCAUUGAAUUUGUUGGCCAGAAAGGAAGUCGUCAGAUUGAUAGGAUUCCUAGUGAGUUUACAUAAACUAAAUGUAAUAGAUUAUCAACGUGACAUGGUAACUGUCAUCUUUAAAGUGGUGUUUGAUAAUCUUGCUGGUACUUCUGAUGUCUCUUAUGAAUCUAUUGGUAUAAUGGUUAAAUAUCUAAUAACAUCGUCAUCAUCAUCAUCAUCAUCCUCUUAUUCUUCACCAACUUUAAAUAGUAUAGCUAAUAUAAUUGUUGCCAUCAUUGAGAAUGUCAAUGGCAGUGUGUUUAGAGCACAUAGUUUUACUGUAACCGGCCAUCUAAUGAGAUUUCUCGAGUGUCAGAGGUGUCAGUGUCAUGCACAGGUUGUACAGGCAUUGGCAGCUAUGAUUGUCUAUCACAACACUGGUGGAGCAGCAGCAGCGUCAUCUAGUAGUUUCGACGACGUACUAUCUUCACUUGCCGAUAUUGGCUGUCGCUACUUAGCAUCGCCCGACUGGCUACUGAGAAAGGCAUCGUGUGAACUACUCUCGGCACUGGCAACACGCAUCUCCAAGGAGAAGGUGAUCGCCUACCAACAACAAUGUCUCAACGCGCUCGAACAAUGUAAAUACGAUAAGAUUAAGAGUGUUAGAGAUUUAGCAAUUACCAAUAUUUCACUUUAUAAAUCGAUAGUAAUAACAACAAAUUCAUCAUCACCAACUAAUUUAUCACCAAUUUUAACAUCUUCAUCUUCAACACCAUCUUCAGCACCAACUUUAUCUUCAACGACACCAACUCCAACAACACCAAACAAAAUAGCAUUGCAUCAAAAUCAAUAUAUACCUUCACCAUUAAAGAAAGCUAGUUCAUUACCAACUACACCGAAUUUAAACAAACAAACAACAACAGCAUCGACACCAACAUCAACAACAUCGAUAUCUACACCAAAGAUAUCAUCAUCAUCAUCUUCUUCUUCUUCUUCAACAACAUCAACAACAUUGACACCAAAUAUUUUUAAAGAAUAA